AUGCCUUGGGGCCUGAUCCUGCUUGCAGCGAUUUGCUUUCCAAGCCUCACAGCACUUGGAUUCGCGGUCCUCGUACACUGUCGAAGCAUUGACGAGAUCCAUCAACAGGUUCGCAACUUCAAGAUUGAGGGCUCUCUUUGUGGCUGCUGUGAGAUAAACCAUGUAUCGCGGACCGGUGAGCAAAUAGCUUGUGACCGUGAAGUCAUUUGUCGUUGUAUCGUGGCUUGGUUCGGAUCACUGGAAAGGUUCGAGGACCAUGUGCGCGACAAGGUCCGCGCGAUUUUGGUUCAGCAGUUGACGCGGGAUGCCUUCUCCUACUGGCACUUGGCGCAGAUGGGCAGCCCGAUCAUGUUUGCACACCUUGACAUCAUCUCCAGCCGUGCAA